GCGCUGUAAACUCAGCUUCGGCUUUUGACUUUUUUGGACUCUCAGCGAAGCUUCUUCGCUCUCUUCCCAAAUCUGCCAUUCCCUCUUCCAUCUCUUCUCAUCCUUCCUUCUUUCUCUCUUCUUGUAAUUUUGCGCUCUUUAAUGGGUUGUGCCGGAUCGUCGCAGGCCAAAGGCGACGGGCCUGUGAAAAAAAUUCGGAAGCCUAAAGCUUGGAAGCAUCCCCAGCCAAUAACAAAGACAGAUCUUGCGCGGAUGCGUGAUGAAUUUUGGGAUACUGCUCCUCAUUAUGGUGGCACAAAAGAGAUAUGGGAUGCACUUCGAGCUGCUGCAGAAGCUGAUCUGACACUAGCACAAGCAAUAGUGGAUAGUGCAGGGGUCAUUGUACAAAGUGCUGAUUUAACAAUUUGUUACGAUGAAAGAGGUGCAAGAUACGAACUGCCCAAGUAUGUUUUGAGCGAGCCAACCAACUUGAUUUGAAGUAAUAAGCAAUGAGGAAUUGUAUGUUUUGCGUGCUAAAUUGAUUGUAAAUCAUGUAUAUUACAACCAACUGUUUCAUACCGUCUCUCACAUUGAUGGAUUGGAUUGGGCUUAUUAUUAUUAUUAUUAUGCUAACUCACUGUAGCUUCCUUUUGAUCGAAUCAAGUGUCUAUUUGGAAUUGUCA